UUAGCUACGUGUUUUGUUCAAGAGACUUUUGGGAAACAGUACAAGCAGACUAUAGGACUGGAUUUCUUUUUGAGAAGGAUUACCUUACCAGGAAAUUUGAAUGUUACCCUUCAAGUUUGGGAUAUAGGAGGGCAGACAAUAGGUGGCAAGAUGUUGGAUAAAUACAUCUAUGGAGCACAGGGAAUCCUCUUGGUAUAUGACAUUACAAAUUAUCAAAGCUUUGAGAAUUUAGAAGAUUGGUAUUCUGUGGUGAAGAUGGUGAGUGAAGAGUCAGCAACUCAGCCCCUGGUUGCUUUGGUGGGCAAUAAAAUUGACUUGGAGCAUAUGCAAACAGUAAAACCUGAUAAACACUUACGAUUUUGCCAGGAAAACAGUUUUAGUAGCCACUUUGUUUCAGCCAAGACAGGAGACUCAGUCUUCCUGUGUUUUCAGAAAGUUGCUGCAGAAAUCCUGGGAAUCAAAUUAAACAAAGCAGAAACAGAACAGUCACAGAGGGUGGUGAAGGCAGAUGUUGUAAACUACAACCAGGAGCCCACGUCAAGAACUGUUAACCCACCUCAGAGUUUCAUGUGUGCAGUUCAGUGAGCACACACUGUAUUAAUAGUUUUGGCUGUUCUUCCCCAGGACUGAGCCCAGGCUGUGUAGGAACAUGUUUUUAUCAGUGAUCAUUUCUGU